CGAGGGUAAGGUGGACGAGGGCGGCGCAAUUAGACCAGAUUUGGGGGCGACAUGGGAAAGGCGACAGCGUGGUGGGGAGUUGAAGAACAAAGGCAACGAAGCUGAGCAAUGGCGACGCGAACAGCGACGGCUUGGCUGAGCAACGGCGAGCACGACGAAGACGAAGAACGGAAUUGGAGGUUUUUUUUUUCAAAAACGCCUUCUGCUCUUGGGAAACCAAUCAAACUGGACUCCAAUUCAGUCAUUGGAGUUAAACCCGACCAGAUUAGGGUCUGCGUGGAGAGAGACUUGUCCAUCCCCUUUCCUUCUCAUAUUCAUCUCAGGCUUGGAACUAAAGAUCUCUGGCUACCCUGCAGAUUUGAAAACCCUCCUCACUACUACUCAGUAUGUCACAGGUUUGGGCACAACCUUCAAUCUUGCCAGAAAAAAACGCCGGAGAACCUCCCUGGCAUUGCUCCGGCCAAGGAGGUGGGCCAUAUGAGAGCAUCUCCCUUUCAGGAUAUUCAACAUGAUUGGAAAAUGGUCUUUAGCAAACGACACAACAAGACUGGAGAAAGAGUAAUGGUGGGUCCCUCAUCAAACCAUUAUGAAGUGCAUGGGGCUUUCAGAUACAAACCAAUACACCAACAACACCAGGACAAAAGAAACAAGAAUUCCCAAAGGGACAAUGCUGCACUCAUCAUUGCCACGAACAUGGAGAUGGAAUUUUGGAUGCAAAAAGCUCAAAUCAGAUGGCUAGACAAGGGAGACUCUAAUACCAAGCUCUUCCAAGCUUUUGCAAAGGGGAAAAGAAAGAAGCUUCAAAUUUCUCACAUCAUAGAUGGGAAUGGCAAGGGGCUCAAUAACAUGGAUGAGAUGAAACAAGAAGCUAUCAGACAUUUCCAGAACCAGUUCCAAGCUCCAGCAACUUACAUUCCUGAUUUGGGCAGUAUUCUGCCCUAUAUCCCAUCUCUCAUCUCAAUUGAAGACAACCUUCUGCUCACUAAGCUCCCAGAUUUGGCUGAGGUAAAAGCAACCGUUUGGGACCUGGACCCUGACAGCGCCAGUGGCCCGGAUGGCUUUAAUGGUAAUUUUUUCAGGGUUUGUUGGGAUAUAAUCCAACAGGAUGUUCUCACUGCCUCGCAAGAAUUCUUUCUCGGCCUCCCAAUUCCAAAAGGAUAUGGCAGUACCCUUAUCACCUUGAUUCUUAAGAAAGAAGAUCCAAAACGGUUUGAUGAUUUUAGGCCCAUCUCCCUCUCAACUUUUCUCAGCAAAAUUAAUACUAAACUCCUUGCCAACAGACUUAAAUUGCUGCUACCCAAACUCAUCUCAUCAGAACAAGGAGCUUUUCAGAAAGGUAAGUCCAUUGAUGACCAUAUUCUCCUUGCUCAAGAAGCCAUACAUGGACUAGAUAGAAAGGUUUUUGGGGGUAACCUUAUCAUCAAAAUAGACAUGGCAAAAGCUUUGGACUGUAUGAACUGGAACUUUCUUGAAGGCACUCUUAGAAAGUUUGGUUUCUCACAAGUUGGGAGCAAGCUGUUAAUGGCAAACCUCCGGAGUUCUUUCAUUUCUGUCCUCAUCAAUGGUGAACCUCACGGUUUCUUCCCCAUGACCAGAGGAGUUAAACAAGGCGAUCCCCUCUCUCCACUUCUUUUCAUACUAGGCUUUGAAGCGUUCUCCAGAUACCUAAACCACUCCAUGGAGAGCAACACUAUCAAGCGUUUCAAUUUGGGAAAUGUCUGGAUGCCCAGCCAUCUCAUUUACGCUGAUGACUUGAUGAUCUUUACAAAAGGGGACAUCCUCAACCUUCUUAAACUUAACCAAAUUCUUAAAGUUUUUAUGCAGGCAUCAGGGCAACAGAUAAACCUCUCAAAAAGCAGAUUCUACACUCCAAAAUCCACCACUGCGGAUCAACAAGUCAAGAUGGAAAAAGCCCUGUCCAUGAAGUGUGGAAGCCUCCCCUUUACCUACUUGGGAGCCACCUUACGUAGAGGUAUUUUCAAAAAAGAAGACUGUGAUUCUCUCUUGGACCAUGUAUACAAACAUCUCUCCUCCUGGUAUAGCAGAACCCUCAAUCAAAUGGGAAGACUUAUUCUCAUUAAACAUGUCCUCUCCUCCAUCCCACUCCACCUUAUUGCCGUCCAUUCCCUCCCAAAAUCCAUCAUCAAAACGGUCAAUUCCCUUAUGGCUAACUUCCUUUGGGGCCAAAGGAAUGGCAGGGCUAAAUACCACUGGAGGAACUGGAACUUCACUUGCCAAAACAAGAACGUUGGGGGCCUCGGGAUUAGGAGCCUGAUUCAAAUUGAAACAGCAUACUCUCUUAAACUUUGGUGGAAAGCUCAACAUGAUCAUAGUCCUUGGGCUAAACUGGUUCGAGCAAAAUACAUGAAGGAUGGCUGCAUCAAAGAACGUUUCCCAGAUUCCCCAACUUGGAAACGCAUAUGUAGAAUACAUUCUCUGGGCAUCUCUCACACACAAUGGAACAACGGGCAUGCCCUCUGGAAUAACGGUCAAUUCUCUCUCAAGCAAGCAUUUAGAGCCACUGAAGAUCAGCUACCUGCACUUCUUUCAACCAAAUUUAUCUGGCACAAAGCGCAAAUCCCAAAGCUUUGUUUAUUCCAAUGGAAGAUCUUCAACAACUGCCUUCCUUUCCCUACAAACCUUCGAAGGUUCCACCUAGCACUCCCUAGUCGCUGCGGUUUCUGCUUUAACUCUGAAGAAGAUUUGGAUCACUGCCUCCUCAACUGCAAAGAGAGCAAAACUGUAUGGAACUAUUUCGCAGGCCUGGUUGAUGCUCCCAUGCUCAGCUCAAACCUCUUACUUCGCCAACAUGCAAUCUCAUGGUGGGUAAGAGAGAGUCUGUAUCCCCCUUUUGGCCCUCCAAUUACCCCUGCAAACUCCCCAAAGCUGUCCUCACAAGGGACCCUUUCUGCUUCAUCGCUGCCUACAACAGGACAGGAUGUAAAUACCCGGCGAAGUGGAGAUGUCACAAGUUCUGAAGGCUUUGUUGGAGAUCCCACCUCUGUGGUAACUAACAAGCAACUAGUUAUUUUCCAGAACGAAGCAGCUCCUAAUUACAGCCUUUCCACCAGCCAAAUCGAAGAGUUUCCACCUUUGCCACGGAAAAUCCUUAGUCCUUUUGCUCCCACCUUUGUGCCCGCUAUAUACUCCUACGCUGAUAUUUUCACUAAGGAUCAAGGAUUCAAAGCUACUGCUGAGCCGGAAGAAGACCCCUUUACAAAUCUCAAUGGCCAAAGCUUGGUUCUAUCCCUCAACGCAGUGGAAGAUCACACUAAGGACAGGGAAGGACCCAUUCUCUAUACCCACUCCGAUGGGGAGGAUUUUGUUUUCAUAGACACAAAGCUCAAACCUUUGCAAAUCGACUUCUCAAGAUGCUCCAAACACCCCCUCCAUCUCCGUAAGGAACUAAAGGGAAGAAGGACGUACUCACCGUCACAAAUUGUUACGAGGAGUAAGCCUAAAAUCCUUGAGCAAGGAAGAAAAUUUAAUCCUAUCGGCUGGGUCGAAGAAGAAGACUCUUUAGAUCCCCAAGAAUCACAUGAGGACGAGCUCUUCCAUGGGGAACCUGGAGAUUUCCCGGGCACAGUAUGUGGUUUCUAUAAAAACUCCCCCUCAAUAUCCUUCACGGCGGAGGAGGAAAGGAAGCUGGCCGGGAAAUUCUCACAGACACUAGUAGGAAGAUGCAGUAGCCGAGUCCACCUAUCCGAGGUUGAAGAUUUCUUAAUCAAGGGCAGAUUCAAGGAAUUCAAAUUACGAAGGCUUCAAUCCAAUGAGCUCCUCUUCAUCUUUAAACAUGAAGAAGACUACCUUCGCUGGUUUUCAAGAAGGAGGUGGAAAAUUAAAGGAUGUAUCAUCACUAUUUGCAAGUGGUUGCCGGAGCAUGAACCCUCAGCAGACUCACCUCUCUUCCCUCUUUGGGUUGAGUUGAAGAACUUCCCCAUUCACCUAAAUGACCACAAAGCAAUCUUCUCAAUAGCUUCUGCUCUUGGGAAACCAAUCAAGCUGGACUCCAACUCGGUCAUUGGAGUUAAACCCGACCAGAUUAGGGUCUGCAUUGAGAGAGACCUGUCCAUCCCCUUUCCUUCUCAUAUUCGUCUCAGGCUUGGAACUAAAGAUCUCUGGUUACCCUGCAGAUUUGAAAACCCUCCCCUUUACUGCCCAAUAUGUCACAGGUUUGGACACAACCUUCAAUCCUGCCGGAAAAAAACGCCGGAGAACCUCCCUGUCAUUGCUCCGACCAGGGAGGUGAGUCAUAUGGGAGCGUCUGGAUUUCAGAAUAAUCAGCAUGAUUGGAAAAUGGUCCCUAGCAAACGACACAACAAGUCUGGCGAAAGAGUAAUGGGGGGUCCCUCAUUAAACCAAUAUGCAGUGCAUGGGGCUUUCAGAUACAAACCAAUACACCAACAACAACAGGACAAAAGCAACAAGAGUAAAGGACCAGAGGGCAUAUCCAAGUUUUCAAACACUCACGUCCAAAAGGGUGAGCCCUCAACCAACCAUACGCCAAAACAGGUUCACUGGGAAGACCUGAUGCCUAUGGUGGAAGAUGUACCUGAAGAGGAUACCAAUUGCCCCCCACCCAUCACAAGUAAGUCCUUUCCCUCCAAGCCUACUCUUCAGUCCCACCAGUCAGGAUCUCUUCUUGACCUUUCUUUCCUCCAUGUUCCCAAACCCCAACCUUGCAUGGAUAUUAUCCCGUUUAACCCCUUCCAGGAAGACUCUUACCCACUGGGAGUUUUUCCACCAACAAAUGAUGAACCACCCAGGCCAGGUAGCAAAGAUGACUGCUGGAUUAAUGAUCAACUUCAACCAACUUGGGAAGCCAAAUCAGACAGCAGCUCCGUUCUGGAGGAAUCCAUUCCUUUUGUUUGCCACUCUGAUGGAGGGGAGAAUGAUAAACCUUUCACCACAUCACCCCCAAUUCCCUUCCAUUUGGAUGUUGGAAGAUGUUCCAAACAAUCCAUAUCGUUUCCUAAACACCGCAAACCCAGAAAAGAUAUUCCACCAUCCUCGGUGAUGACUCAAAGCAAAACUUCUAAAGAUGUACCCCCACCCAAGCUUGAAUCCUUCCGUAUUAAACUCAACUUCUCACAUAGUCUUGGAUCCCAAAAUAAUAAGAAAUGGAUCUUCUGGAACGAGUCAUGUCUUAAACUCAUCUCCUUCUCAGAUUUCCCACAAGUAACCAGUUGCCUUUUCACCCUUCAAAUGGACAACUCUCCCAUUUUGAUUUCUGGGGUUUAUGGUGCUCACACGAUCUUGGCUAGGAAGGAGCUCUGGGAGGAACUUUCUACAAUUUGUCCCUCAAACAAACGCUGGAUAGUUGGUGGGGAUUUUAAUGCCAUUACCUCACCACAUGAGUCAAAAGGAACCUGCCCUCCAAACCAACUUAGUAUGGAGGACUUAAAUUCAUGCAUCCUUCACUGCAAACUCAUCAAUCUAGAUCCCAUUGGUAGUACCUUCACAUGGUCAGGUGUACACUCCCAAGGCAGGACCUGGCGUAGACUAGACAGAGUAAUGAUUCACCUGGACCUUCUCGCCUACUUUCAAGAUGUGGAGCUUCAUCACCUUGCCAAAGCCAACUCUGAUCACAAACCCAUUCUCCUGCACUGUAAUGACCAGAUUCCCAAUACUCCCAAGCCUUUCAGAUUUCUAAACACCUGGACCCUUCAUGAGAACUUCCUCCAUACUGUCAAGCUUUCUUGGGAAAAUUCCCCUACCACUAGAGGUAUGAGAGGUCUCCUUCAGAAACUUAAAGCUGUGAAGCAAACCCUGAAGAAAUGGAAUAAAGAUACUUUUGGAAACAUUCACUCUAAACUCAAAGAAGCCGAAGCAAGGGCCAACCAAAGCCAAAAAGAAUUCGAGGACUUCCCAAAUGAGGAAAACAGAACUGCUGCUCAAAGGGACAAUGCUGUACUGAUCGUAGCGACGAACAUGGAGGUGGAAUAUUGGAGGCAAAAAGCUCAAAUCAGAUGGCUAGACAAGGGAGACUCUAACACCAAACUCUUCCAAGCUUUUGCAAAGGGAAAAAGAAAGAAGCUUCAAAUUUCUCACAUCAUUGAUGGGAAUGGCAAGGGACUCAAUAACAUGGAUGACAUCAAACAAGAAGCUAUCAGACACUUUCAGAACCAAUUCCAAGCUCCAGCAACUUCCAUUCCUGAUUUGGGCAAUAUUCUGCCCUUUAUCCCUCCUCUCAUCUCCAAUGAAGACAACCUAUUUCUCACUAAGCUCCCAGAUUUGGCUGAGUUCAUAGUCAAGACCGGGUGUGGAGUCCCGAUGAAGAAAGUCGGUGAAGUCAACGUCCCCAAAACUGAAGAAGAAUUCACCGACGAAGACUGCAAAAAGAUGGAGCCCAACGCAAAGGUAAUAAACAUGAUUUAUUGCGGUGUUAACGCGGAUGACUACCGCAAAAUCUCGCGGUGUGAAACCGCAAAACAUAUGUGGGAAAAAUUGGAGGUCACCUACGAAGGAACCGCGCAGGUUCGGGAGGCCAAAAUCGACCAUCUCACUCACGAGUAUGAACUCUUUUCAAUGAAGGAAAAUGAGAAGAUUGAGGAAAUGUUUGAGAGAUUCUCUAAUAACAUCAUCAAUCCUCUCAAUCUUCUCGGGAAGACAUACACCGACCGAGAGCUCGUGAGAAAAGUGCUGGGAAGCCUAUCCCCCAAAUGGCGUUCAAAGGUGGACGCAAUCGAAGAAGGUCGUGACUUCCAAACAACGACCUAUGAGGCUCUUCGAGGUUCUUAUGAUGAUGAAGAAGAAAUCGUUAAGGAAAAGGAACCGGAAGAAGAGAAAACGCAGGAACAAACGGAGCUUCCUAAGGAGUGGAGAACGUUGAAGAAUCACCCGAUUGACAAUGUCAUUGGUGACAUAACGCAGGGAGUUUCUACUCCCCAGAGUGCUAAGAAGGCUAAGAAGAAGCUCCCUAGGAGUCCUAGGAAGAAAAGGAGUGGAGAUGAUGUUACGGAGACACCUAGUCUGUAUACGGACAUUGCCAUGGAACUACUUGAGAAGGAGAAGGCUCCAACUGCUUCAUCCACGUCUGAGACAUCCCCUCCUCAUGUUGAAGAUGUCCCAGACAAAGGUGAUCAGGUUUUCUUCACAUCCCAGAUUCUAUUAUUAAACCUGUUGAAGAGUUGUGGGGUUUUUGCCUUGUGGGCUGCUUUACUAGACGUUUCCCUGGCCUCAGUGGAUGCUAUUGUCAAAAGCUGCAAUGUGCCUUGUAGAAUCAUUCCCCAUUGUAAGGGCUGGGUUAUACUGAAAUUUGAGAAUGAUAAUGAUAGAAUGGAUGUGCUGGGUAGGGAAAGGGACAAAGCUUAUGGGAAGGAGUUUAGACUCAAAAUUCCUUCUCAUGGUUUCAUGUUUGAUUUUGCUGAAUUCACCACUCUACCUGUCUGGGUUCAGCUACACAAUGUCCCACUCCAGCUAUGGUCUAAAGAAGGAAUUGGUAUGCUGGCCUCAAUUGUUGGUAAACCAUUGAGAACUGACCUAGUUACAAAGCAGCAAAGCAAGGGUGGAUUUUGUAGAGUGCUUGUUGAGGUUGACUUCUCAAAACAGCCGGUGACUCAUUUUGAGGUAGCUUGUAUGGGUAAGACAUAUACACAAACAGUGGUGUUGGAGGAAGACCCCAAAUACUGCUUUCAUUGCAAAACCUGGAAUCAUGGCCCCUUCUACUGCAAAGCCUUGGAACUGGCUAGGAAGAAGGAGCUGGUAGCUUUGGAGGCUACACACAAGGUUGAUAUGGACAAGCCAAAGGAUCUUAGUGAACCCCAUGGGAAGGCUAGAGCUAGGGAUUGUGUACCUGUUGGUGAAAAUCCACACACUGAACCUAAAGGGGGCUUGAUCCCUUCUUCUUCCAACAACAACAACAAGGAGAAGGCUAAAGAACCCAAUCCCAAAACUGGAGGCCUGGUUCUUGACAAGGUGGUUAGAAAGGGUGUUGAUUUGCAAAAGAAGAAGAGGAAUGAAGAUGGAGACAUGGUUGGGAAGAGACCUGAGAAGAAGAAAGGUGGGAACAAGCUUGCUACACUGGACAGAGUCCUUGCUAACCAAUCCUGGGGAGACAUUGGUUUGGCUCCAACUUGUGAAUUUUUGGAUUUCAACUUCCUCUCUGACCACUUCCCCAUCCUCUUCCAGUGUGGUGCACCCCUUGGUAACAGGUCCAGGCCUUUCAGAUUCUUCAAUAUGUGGCUUAAGCAUGAGGGCUUCAAUGGGCUGGUCUCCCAGUCUUGGGAGGCAGGUGUGGUUGGCUCUAAGCAAUUCUCCUUAUGCUCCAAGCUUAAACGCCUCAAACCCCCCUUAAAAUCCCUCAACAAACAGGCUUUUGGUCAUAUUUCUAGAAGAGCUAUGGAAGCUAAGGAAGAGUAUGGAUUGGUGAUGAAAUGCACAAGUUACUUCCACUCCAUUGUCAAGAAGAACAGGAGGAAAAAUAUUGUUGGGUUCUUGGUUACAGAGGAUGGAUCUAAAACUACUUCCAAGGAUGAGGUGGCUAAUAUCUUUGUGGACUACUUUACUACACUGUUUGGCACUACUUCUUCAAUUGAACCCAUUGAGCUGGAGAUUUUGACUGCUGGAACCAGAGUUCCUUCUUCUGCCCAAUCCAGUCUCCUUGCUUCUGUUACACCUGAGGAGGUGAGGGAGGCAGUCUUUGACAUUGGCAAUGACAAGGCUCCAGGCCCUGAUGGCUAUACUGCAGCCUUCUUCAAGGAUCAGUGGGCAGUUGUGGGUAGGGACAUCUAUGAAGCUGUGUUGGAAUUCUUCACCUCAGGGAAAUUAUUGAGACAGAUUAAUCAUGCUAUGAUUGUUCUCAUACCUAAAUCUUCCCAUAAACCAACCGUUAAAGAUUUUAGGACCAUUGCCUGCCUCAAUGUUCUUUACAAAGUCAUCACCAAGAUUUUGGCUAAGCGUAUGGCUCCUUUACUCCCUGAUUUGAUUGACCCUGCACAAGGGGCCUUUGUCCCAGGGAGAUCUCUUGUGGAUAAUUUCCUCAUUGCUCAACACCUUAUCUAUUGGAACACGGGUUUACGCCUCCGUCGUACUAAACUGUGUUCGCUUCCUUGGCAACCCAAGAAGAGACACUCUGUCUUCUCCAAAAGGCUUGACUAUGUGCGUGAGCUUUUGGUCCAAAAGCUUGGUGACCACUAUCCUUCUAUGGAAGAUGCUAUGAUUCCCUUUUGCUUGGCAAGUAACCUCAUUCCAAGGAAGGUUUAUGAUUUGUUUAGCGCCAAAGCCAACCCGAAGCCUUCGAUAGCUUUCAUCCGGCAGAGCUAUAUUCCUCCUAAGUGUUCCUUUAUGAUGUGGCUGGCACUCAGGAGGAGGUUGCCCAUCAAAACAAACUUGGAAUUCCUCGGUUUACCUAUGGACUGCACCUUCUGUGGACAUGGGUUGGAAGAUGUGGACCACCUGUUCUUUAGCUGCCAAUUCUCUAAAGAAGUUUGGCACAAUAUCAAGACUUGGCUAGGUACGGAAGGACACCUGAGUACCCUCACCAGAACCAUAAGAUGGCUGAAGGCAUUUAGGCGAGGGGAUGGGAUUCUCAAGAAGGCAAGAAGGAUUGCUUUUGCGUGUACUGUUUUCCACCUUUGGAAGCUACGUAAUGCUGCCCACUUUGAGCGUGAGCCUCUCUCAAUUGAGGUUGUGACUUAUAAAAUCAAGCGUCAAGUUCGCUCCACACUCAUCGGCCUUGAUCUCCUGGGCUAUGUUGAUGGGACGCUCACGGCUCCCUCCUCCACGGUUGGCGGCUCCGCUAACCCCUGUUACUCCAUCUGGUUCCGUCAAGACCAAUCUAUUGUUGGGGCUCUCCUCGGUAGCUGCACUGACACAAUCCAACCGCUCAUCUCCAAUGUUGAAACGGCUCGUGAGGCGUGGCUCAAUCUCCACUCCAGUUUUGCGAGUGCGAGUCGCGGUCACAUUUUAGCCCUCAAGUCUAAACUUGGAAAGAAUCCGCGUGGUACUCGGUCUAUUAAUGAGUAUCUCCAUGACAUGCACUCCAUUGCUAAUGAGCUUGCACUUAAUCAAAGUCCUGUUGCUGAAGAAGAUCUGGUGGCACAUGUUCUCAAUCAACUUGGUUCGGAUUACGAUCCCAUUGCGUCUGCUGCUUUCAUUCGUGGCUCCCAACUCCCGUUUCCUGAACUUGGAGAUAUUUUGCGUGAUUUUGAACGCAAGUUACACCUUACUGAUGAUGUCUCUUCUCCUGUGGUGGCUACUGCAAAUGCGACUCAGCGCCACCCCUCUGCUGGCCAUCGUGCACCUGGUGGUCCUUCCGCACCCUUCUCGAGGUCUUACGGCAGUCAGCGUGCUGCUCCGGUGGGGCCUUCAAAUCGUCUCGUCCUCACGAUGGGUCAUCUUUGGCCUGCCAGUUCUGCUCCAUCCCAGGGCAUGACAUAAAGGUCUGUCGUAAAUUGGCUCGUCUCCUUCGUGAACAUGGCAUGCAGACGGUCUCCGCUUCGUCUCACAACAUGUCUUCUCCUGCCGUGCAUGCCACAUCGCUUGCUCCUGAUGGGGUGAAUC